AUGGCUGAAGAGUCGCUGGAUAGUUUGUUUCUCCUUCUCACAGAAAAGUCUGGAGGCGUAGAGUCCCUUUUGGAAGGGUUUUUCUCAUUCUUGAGGAGGAGAACAGACUUUUAUAAACCCCCAAAUCAGGGAGGUUUUGAAGCUUCUCUGGAUCAUUGCGUUAAUUUGGUGUCCAAGUACUGCAGGAAAGCCGGAAACGAGUAUAGGGAAUUGAUGAAUAAGCAAGCGGCUGCACAGACAAGUGUGGUAAAGGAAACGCCAGCAAGUAGUAUUUCUAAGGUUCCACGUAUUGAGGAGAUACAUCCUGAUCCACCAGUUGUCAAGGCUGUUACUCCAUCGGCACCUGUUACAUCCUCAUCAGAUACUCCAGAAGAGGAUGAUGGUGAAGAAGAGGUGCCUCCGCCAGGAAAUGGUGGAUCCACCGACAAGUAUGACUGGACCCAGACUUUGGGUGCCCUGGAAGUGCUGGUGCCAGUUCCAGCCGGAACUCCAAGCAAAUUAGUUUCUGUAAAAAUAACCACAAACACACUUCAUGUUACUCUUAAUAAGGAGCCUCUAUUUGGAGGGGAACUUCAUGAUGCUGUAAAGAGCGAUGAAUGCCUAUGGGCACUUGUGGAUGGCCGUGUUAUCCAAAUCUCACUAGAAAAACGUAAUGGAAUGCAGUGGUGGCCCUGUGUGAUAAAGGGGGACCAAGAAAUAGAUGUUAAAAAGAUUGUGCCAGAAAACUCAAAAUUGAGUGAUUUGGACCCAGAAACAAGGGCUACUGUCGAACGUAUGAUGUUUGACCAGAGACAAAAGGCUGCAGGAUUACCUACCAGCUCUCAGCAGUCACAAUUUGAAGCCUUGGAAAAGUUUAAAAAGGCGCAUCCGGAGUUGGAUUUUUCCAAAGCAAACAUUUCAUAUAAUUGA